AUGGCUGCUUAUAUUGCUACCCAACGCCACGAUCUUCCGCUCUACGCCACGACGGAGAUCUGCUCGGGCGGGACGUAUAUCGUGACUGGUGCCAACGUCGGCCUUGGAUUCGAGGCCUCCAAGCACCUUGUGGCACUUGGUGCCGCCAAGGUUAUCAUGGCCGUCCGGAACAUCAGUGCCGGAGAAGCCGCCAAGGCCAAGAUCGAGGAGGCCACCGGAACGACUGGUGUUGCUGAGGUCUGGGUCCUCGACCUGGCAAGUUAUGAUUCCGUCAAAGCAUUUGCCAAGAAGGCAGAGACGGAGCUCGAGCGUAUCGACGCCCUAAUUGAGAAUGCAGCGGUCGCGAUGGCUGGGAGUGCUCUGCCCGAAGGUCACCUUGCGCCGAUUACUGUCAAUGUGCUUAGCACCUUGCUUCUCGGAGUCUUGCUGUUACCCAAGAUGAGCGAGAUCGCUCGUAAGUUCAACAUCGAACCUAAACUUGCCUUCGUCUCAAGCACGGUUGGGUUCGAUGCCAAGGAGGAUUGGGAUAACGUCAAAGACGAUCCGUUGCGAAAGAUCAGUGCGGACGAAACCUUGGCUAUGAAAAUAUAUCCGCUUUCCAAACUCAUGGAGUCUUUUGCAAUCCGCCAGCUCGCAGCCAUCAACCCUGUGGCUCGCACAGGAGUCGUUAUCAAUUUCAUCUGCCCUGGCCUUUGCAAGACCGAACUGAGCCGGGAUAUGCCACAAGCUGUGCGCGAGAAGUUCGACCCUCAGCUUGCACAGCAUGGACGGACGGCCGAAGAUGGCAGUCGCACGCUCUUGGCAGGCGCUGUCGCUGGCAAGGAAAGCCAUGGACGCUUGAUGGAUUCCUGCGAAAUCGACGAGUAA